AAGCUGUAUGAAUCGAUGAAUCGCAGCUGCCAAGCUGAUGACUUUAUAACCCAAUUCAUCUGCUAAUUGUGCGCGCAAAUAUUUAUUUUGUUUGUAUCAUUCAUCAUAGCGGCAUUCGAAAUUCUGAUCUUUUCGGUUUCUGUCGACGAUAAUUCUUGCAUCGCUUUGUGCACCUCACACACAACUGUCUUAGCCGUUCGCAAUGCAUUUUACAAUCAGCCUGCUGUUGCUCAUUUGCCUCGUGCCUGUAUUGCACUGCUCCUACGAUGUGAUUGCUCCUGCCCAGAACUUGACGGCUUACUUGCUCGCGCGCCAGAAGCGCCAUCAGCUGAUCUACCAGAGCGGAAGCACCAUUCGCCUAGUGGUUGGCCCCGUGAUUGGUGUCCAGCUGGAAGAUCCGGUAAAGUGGCGUAGCUUUGUACAGUUCAUGGCGCUGCACUUUGGGGGCUACACGCUGCCCUCGGCACCCCUCUACCCAUGGGACAAAUGGGAGUCCAUGUUUGCCCGAUCGCUCAAGGAAAAGAUACGACAGCUGGACGCAUCGCACGAGGAUGACACACGCCUCUUUGCCUACGCCGCUCUGGAGCAUUACAUAGACAACGCGAGCAGCGUUCCGGGACGGGGCCGCCAGUGCCUUCUCCGUGCCAUGUGCGAGAAUGCGCAAGUGCAUCAGCAUGUGGGCAUCAUGGCCGAGCUGCUGAAUGUGCUGCUAACUCCCGGCAAAGCGCGACUCGAGCAGGACUACAAGGAGGCCCACGCUGCGGGCCUGGCCGGCGUCGACUGUCUGCACCAGUUCCACGACUGUCCCAGAGGCGCCAGCGCCUUGGAUGCGCUAACGGUGGAUGUGAAUUACUGAGUUUCCAAUAUGGUCCAAUCUGAAAUGAACUUGAAUAAAAGAGCAACUAUGCAAAACAA